AUGGCCGCCACCCCGCCGGGCCCGGCGCCGCCGCGCAUCCUCCUCGCCGGCGACGCCCACGGCCGACUCCACCAGCUCUUCAAGCGCGUCAAAUCGGUAGCUACCCCCUCCACCUACCAUUCUCUAUUCCUCCUCUCGCUGGUGCCGCCGGUGAACCAGUCGACGGGGCCGUUCCACGCGCUGCUCUGCGUGGGGCAGUUCUUCUCCCCCGAGGGAGAUGCCGAGGGCGCACCGGGGGACGUCGCCGACUACAUCGAGGGGCGCGCUUCCGUGCCCAUCCCGACCUACUUCACCGGCGACUACGGCCCCUCGGCGCCGCGGCUGCUGUCGAAGGCCGCCGCUGGCGCUCGCGGGUUCGCACCCGGCGGCAUCGAGAUAUGCCCCAACCUCUUCUGGCUCAGGGGAAGCAACCGCUUCACCCUCCAUGGUUUGUCGGUGGUUUAUUUGUCAGGGAGGAAGGGACUAGGAGGGCCUGGCUGCUACAGCCAGGAUGAUGUGGAUGCCCUGCGGGCUCUUGCAGAAGAGCCAGGGAUUGUUUUGGGUCCUAAUGGGUAUGACCCUAUUGUUGCUGAAUUGGUUGCUGAGAUUAAGCCAAGAUAUCACAUUGCUGGUACUAAAGGUGUCUUUUAUUCAAGGGAACCAUAUGUCAAUGAUUCUGCUGCGCAUGUUACCCGCUUUAUUGGACUUGCUAAUGUUGGAAACAAAGAGAAGCAGAAAUUUAUUCAUGCGAUUUACUUACUCCAGCAUCUGUCAUGUCCAGUGCUGAUAUCCAUGCGAAGCCUCCAAAUGCUACUUUGUCACCAUAUGUUGGUCCAUCAAAAUCAGUUCCUAUUGAAGAAGCUCCAAAACGUCCAGCUGAGAACAUUGAUUCGCAAUACUGGCGUUAUGAUGUCAAGCGGCAAAGGCAUGGUGAAAGCUGAUGGGGGUGGAUUGUGUUUCAAAUUUACAUCCUCAGGAUCCUGUCAACGAGGGAGUAAAUGCAAUUAUAGGCAUGAUGAGGAGGCAGUGGAGCAUUAUCAGAGAAAUGUCUGUUUUGAUUUUCUAAACAAAGGGAAAUGUGAGAAGGGCCCAGAGUGCAAUGAAAGAAGACGUGUGGAGAGCAGUUGCUGGUUCUGCUUGUCGAGUCCGGAUGUUGAGUCACAUCUUGUCAUUAGCAUCGGAGAAGGUUACUACUGCACACUUGCAAAGGGGCCACUUGUUCCAAAUCAUGUUCUAAUGAUUCCCGUCGAACACUGCCCCAGUACAUUGAUGAUGCCUCCAGAAGCAGAGGCAGAACUUGGGAGAUAUAAGAUUGCUCUGGACGGUGCAAAAACAGCUAGAGAAUCAUUGAUGUCUCAGUGCGAAAGCAAAUCAGGCCUGUUUUAUGUUGAGCUCCCGGAAGGUAGAAUUCUCUUGCACAUGGUCGACAGUAACGAGAAGUUCCCUGUGCAGUUUGGACGCGAGGUUUUAGCAGGAUUGCUAAGCAUGGCAGAUCGCGCAGAUUGGAGGAACUGCAAGAUUUCAAAGGAAGAGGAGAUUGAAAUGGUGGACGAUUUCAAACAAGGUUUCCGCGAAUUUGAUCCCGCAGAGUGA